AUGCUUUCCAGGAUUCUUUCUGCACUUCUUGUGCCUUCUCUUCUCUUCUCAUCAUUUGCUCAAGCUGAAGUCGAUACCAGCUCCGUUGGACCUCUUACCCCGCUCUCUUCUAAGUCAACUAUUUGUAACGUCCUGGACUAUGGUGCUGUUGCCGACAAUAGCACAGAUAUUGGGCUUGCGAUCCUGUCCGCCUUUACCAGUUGCGCAAAAGCUGGAGGUGCUACCCUUUAUAUUCCUCCAGGAUCAUACUCCAUUGCGACUGGUGUAGUUCUGAACGGGGGAUCUGCUUAUGCCAUCCAAAUUGAUGGUCUUAUAACACUCACCUCGGACGGAUCAUUCAACGGCAAUGCCAUCGUCAUUGAGAAUGCUUCUGAUGUCGAAGUCUUCUCAAGCAAUGCUCUUGGUGCCAUCAAUGGACAAGGAUACAUUGAACGGAUCACAUCAUCUGGACAGAACGCUCGACUCUUCCGAUUUAUCAGUUGUUCGGACAUUUCUAUCCACGACAUGAUCUUCGUCGAUUCCCCUACUUUCCACCUAGUUUUCAACGAAGUCUCGAACAUGGAAGCAUACCACAUCACCGUUCGCGGACCAGACCUUGGAGGAACUGAUGGAGUUGAUGUGACCUGCACCGACAAUUGCUACAUGCAUGACAUCGAAGUUACCAACAGAGACGAAUGUAUCAGUGUCAAAUCGCCGUCAAACAACAUUCUCAUCGAAGACAUUUACUGCAACCAAAGCGGCGGGAUGUCAAUCGGCUCUCUGACAGCGGACAUCACCGAUUCCUCUGAUGCUGCUGCUCUAUCAAACAUCACCAUGCGCAACAUCUACAUCUUUCAAUGCACCCAAAUGCUGAUGAUCAAGACCUUCCCCGGUGGAACAGGAGCAGAAGGAUAUGUCAAAGACUCUGUCUUCGAAAACUUCUGGGCCUACGAUACAACCUAUGCCCUAGAGAUCGACCAGUACUGGGAAUCUACCACAACGCCAGACACUGGAGCUGUCGCUCUCAGCAGUCUCACAUUCAGCAACUGGACCGGAACAAUGGACAACGGUGCCGAACGAGGCGCAAUUGUCAUCCGAGGCUCAGACAUUGUCCCCGCAGUCGAUAUCAGCCUCGAAGAUUUCGACAUGUGGACUGUGAACGGAAAUAAAGUCAUCAACCAAUGCAAGAAUGUCUACGGGACAGGCUAUUGCGCAGGGACUUCUACAGCUGCGUCUUUAACGACGUUUACUACCAGUGUUACGAGCACGGUUGCUCCCACGGGGUUUGUGACUCCAACUAGUCCAGCGUGGGGCAUCAGUGGGUAUGGGACUACGGACCCGAUCCCGGUGUAUACACCUGCUGUGUUCUGGAGUCCGGCUAGCAGUGGGGUGGCGAGUACGACUGCGUCUGCGGAUGGAGCUGUGAGUGCGAGUGCUAGUGUAGCGAAGUCUACAGCUGCUUCGUCUUCGCUGAAAACUUCGUCUGUGGUGAAGGUCGUUAGCACAUCGGCGUCCUUGCCUACAUCAAUCGGAUCAUCAAUCGAAGCCUCGAGCUCUUCAUCUCUCGCUGUUACCUCGAGCCUUGAACUCUCUACAUCCCUCUCAACACCAACGCCCACGACCCUUCUCGCCGUCCCCUCUUCUGCGUCGACAAUCUUAAUAUCCUCUCCGUCAAUAAGCACAGGGAGAGUGACAAGAACUAGAUUAACCCAUACACCGAGACCGAUGAGCACUGGUAGUAGUGUUGUUGAUGGACAGGGCGGUGGAGAAGACGGGGAGAGUUGUGAGUGGUGA